CGGCUGCUGCUUCAGUCCGCAAAGCAGCUUGACAGAGUUCGGGGAGACCGAAGUACGUCGUCUGCUUCGGAAUUGAUAGCACUGUUAGAAUUUAAAAAAAUUAUACUCCUAUACAAUAUGCCGAACAUAAUAAACGACAUAAAACUGGACUUUAAAGAUGUAUUGUUGCGUCCAAAAAGAAGCACACUCAAAAGCAGAUCGGACGUUGAUCUUUACAGAGAGAUGAAAUUUCGAAAUUCUAAACGCACGUAUAAGGGCAUUCCCGUGAUGGCAUCUAAUAUGGAUACCAUUGGGACUUUUGAGAUGGCCAAAGCGCUGUCACAGCACGGAAUAUUUACAACUGUUCACAAAUACUACACAGCCGAGGAAUGGAAAGAUUUUGCAGCUCGUAAUCCAGGUUGUAUUAAUAACAUCGCUGUUAGUUCAGGAACAGGGCAAGAAGACUUUGAGCGGCUCUCAAGUAUCGUAAAUUCCGUCCCAGAAAUUUCUUUCAUUUGCUUAGAUGUUGCUAAUGGGUAUUCUCAGCACUUUGUUGAGUUUGUGAGGAAAGUCCGAUUCGCCUAUCCAAAUCACACAAUAAUUGCUGGCAAUGUUGUAACUGGAGAAAUGGUGGAAGAGUUAAUACUCUCGGGGGCUGACGUGAUCAAAGUGGGAAUUGGGCCAGGCUCAGUGUGUACAACACGUAUGAAAACCGGAGUUGGUUAUCCCCAAUUAAGUGCAGUUAUCGAGUGUGCAGAUGCAGCCCAUGGUUUGAACGGGCAUAUCAUUUCUGACGGCGGAUGCACUUGCCCGGGAGAUUUGGCCAAAGCCUUUGGCGCCGGUGCCGAUUUUGUAAUGGCCGGUGGAAUGUUCGCAGGACAUGAUCAAUGCGGUGGGGAGACGAUCGAGAAGGAAGGGAAACGUUUCAAGCUCUUCUACGGCAUGGCUUCCUCUACCGCGAUGCAAAAACACGCUGGUGGAGUGGCGGAGUACAGAUCAUCGGAGGGCAAGACCGUCGAAAUUCCGUACAGAGGAGACGUAGAAAAAACUGUGUUGGACAUUUUGGGAGGACUACGAUCGGCAUGCACUUACACCGGAGCAGCUCGUCUGCAAGAACUUCCCCGAAGAGCAACGUUUAUACGUUGUACUCAGCAAUUGAACACCGUUUACGGUCCACCGAAUUGAAUUCUAGCGAAAAUUAUUACCAAAUUGCAAAAAAUACUUGUUAUAAUAUAUAUAUAUAUAUAUAAAAUAAUAUAUAUACGGUGUAUUAAUUCUUGUAUAACAACAUAGUAGUCAAAAAUUUUAAUUGUUUGCUGGCAAAUGAUAUAUUUGUAUUAUAAAGUUAAUAUAUAACGCGGCCUAAUCUUUUCAUGCGUCCCUUGAUGCAAAGAGAGAGGGAGAGAGGUCGAUUUUUAUUUAUUUACAAUCGAAUGCACAAUAAUAAGACUGCAUAAUUUUGAAUUUCAUCCGAAAUAUGUUGAGUUUUCAAAAAUUAAACGCAAUCAUUCGCAUCCAUGCACGCAUCGCACAACCGCUAUAUUUAGAUUUUCAAUUCAAAGUACAUACUUUUACUUUCGCCAAUAUCCCUGAAUCCAUAGUUUAUUUUUCUUCAUUAAAAUGUUUAAAUAAUGUCAAUUGGCAUCCAAUGAGUGAUGUCUGCUGUUCAUCGAAACAAAUGGGUACCAUCUAAUGUCUGUAAAGCUACAAUAUUAUAACUAACAUAAUUCUCUUGACGUGUACGAAUAAAAUACGAAUCACUGUAA